UUAAUAUGUGUUUUAAUUCUUAUUAAUGCAUAAAUUAAAUCCGUUGCACAUUGAGUGUAUACAUUGCAUCACAGAGGAAAAUAACCUCUCCUCUUAUGCAGUACACUUUUCCAGCCUCUAAACCCUUAAUUUAUUGUACGAUCAUAUUUCAAUACAAGUUCACAACACCCUCUCUCUUUAUAUGUAUCAUAAGUAGAUACUGCCCUUUGUAUGCACCUUUUCCACCUCCUUCACCACCAUCGCCGUCCACCCUCGCAGAACAAGAAACACACGUUAACAGUACUAGAGAGAGAUGGAUCAUGGUAAUCAUGGUAUGGGAGGGAUGGGUCCAACCAUGAACAAUACCAACAGCACUGGAGGGAUGAUGAUGCGUCCCCACCACAAGAUGAUGAUGCAUAUGACCUUCUUCUGGGGUAAGAAUGCUGAAAUUCUCUUCGAUGGCUGGCCUGGCACUAGAACUGGAAUGUAUGUUUUGGCCCUCAUAUCUGUUUUUUUCUUUGCUUUUUUUGUCGAGUGGCUCUCUCAUUGCCAAUUGAUUAAGCCUGAUUCUACCCACCUAGCUGCCGGUUUAAUCCAGACUUUCUUGCACGCUCUGAGGAUUGGUUUGGCCUACCUGGUCAUGUUGGCUGUUAUGUCCUUCAAUGGUGGUGUUUUCUUGGUGGCUGUGGCAGGUCAUACUCUUGGGUUCUUGUUUUUUGGGAGUAGGGUUUUCAAGAAAUCGCCACCGCCUGUAAAAACCUCUGAUCUUCCUCUAAUGAGUUGUUGAAUCUUGUCCGAGGAAGACAGUGUCUGGUUCUUGGGUUUGGAUUUGCAGAUUCUCCAAUUGCGUUUACAUGGCUUGAAAGAAUAAUUAUAUGUAGAAUUGAAUAUGAAGAAUAGUGUUGGAUUGAAGUGUACAAGUUAUUUACUUGUGAAAUUUUAUCUAAUUAAGCCUAAAUUUUUUUGUUUUUAUCA